GUGAAGAAGCCAUGCAAAUGAUGUUGCCCCCGCACUCACGCCCCGUUCUGGAUCAGCCAAUCGCACGCCCCGUCCCAACAGUCAUGCAGCAGAUUGCCCAAUCAGAGCAGGCCAGGGCGUGGCCUGUCCGUGGUCUCAGCCAACCACUGCACCCGAGCGUCUCCAACUUUGACAAUGCGCAAAUACAAGCUCAUCAGUUGAGACUGGCGUACCACCAGUCCUUCUCUUCUUCCAAACUGCAACAACAACAACAGCAGCAGCAGCAGCAGCAACAGCAGCAGCAGCAGAUGGAACAGCUCUUGCUUCAACGUUUCCAGGAUCACGCUCGACAGACGAGCGCGUUGCAGCAGAAGAUUAUGGCGUCAGGCGCCCCUGUGAUCACGCCAACCCUCAACCUCUUCGGCGCCCGCCCCAGCUUCCCUCCCGGUUACGAGAUCCCCGGGAGUGCGAUAGAACUGGGCGAGAGACAACGCCAGCAGCAGCAGCAUCAUCACCUCCUGCUUCACGCUCAGAAAGGAAACCAGCUCCGCUCUGAGCUCCUACAGGCGGCGACCCAAACACCCGAGCAUCAACAGAAACAGCAGCAGCAGCGCGGGUUACCGUUCCAAUUUCCGUCGGGAGCGGCUAUGCCGUCAGUGGCCCAGCCACGCCCUGUGUCUGUCCCUGUCCCUGUCCGUCUCGCCCCGUCCGGACCAGUAGCAGGGUCCCCUCUGUCCCCUCGAGUGGUCACCCCCAGAGGCUCCUCUUCCUUAUCACAGCCGUCCUCUCCCACGUUAGCCGGACCCCGCCCCGAGAUGCCGCCACAACAACACAGCGUCGGUCACGGUGGACACUCGCUCGCUGCCUCCCCGCCCACUGCAGACACGCCGGACUCUAAGUGGUGGAGCGUGCAGCAAAACCAACACACCCACGCCCACGCCACGCCCCUUUCCCCCUUCGCCUCAUCAACUCCCAGGUCACUCCCCUGUCGAUCCGCGUCUCCACCCCGCCCACCCCUUCCUAACCCCGCCCCUCACGCCUCUUUGCGGGGAUCUGUCUCUCCUAGAGCGACCCGUCCCUCGCCGGUGCAGGCGCUGCCGCUGUCCCAACUGUCUGAAGAGCUCGGCCAACCCCUCAGCCACGCCCACCAAACGCCGCAUGCACGUCUGUCACUACCCGGGGUGUGGCAAAGAGUACGGCAAGACCUCCCACCUCAAGGCCCACCUCCGCGGUCACGCCGGGGAACGCCCCUUCGUCUGUCGCUGGCUGUACUGUCAGAAACGCUUCACGCGCUCGGACGAACUCCAGCGGCACCUGAGAACGCACACGGGCGAGAAAAACUUCCAGUGCAACGACUGCGGGAAGCGGUUCAUGCGCAGUGACCAUCUCAGCAAGCACAUUAAAACUCACGAGGUGAAGAAAGAGGGCGGAGGCGACAGACGCGAGCAGGAGGCGGGGUCCAGCGAGGACGGAGAGAGAGAAGGACACGACGGAGAGAGAGAAGGGCACGACGGAGAGAGAGACGGACAGGACGGAGAGAGAGAAGGACACGACUUCCCAGCGCGGGAAAACUCCUCGCUCGACCUGGACUACGACGAGAAGAUGACCCACACAGACGUGAGCAGCGACAACCAGGAGAGCAACCACGGGACCACCGACUUCGACGAUUCUGACGAUAUGGACGAUGACGAAUUCGACGACGACGACAACGAUGAGGAAGACAUUGACGUGGGGUACGAGUGUGUAGAUUACUACCGAGAUCUCUACGACGUGGGCUCCAGGCACAAAGACUCCAUGUCCGUCUCCAGCGCCGCCAUAGAGCGUGGGGACAGCACAUCUCCCAAUGACGUAGAACACCACAUAGAUCGCCUACGUCAGGACCCACCGUCCUCUGAUUCGGAGAGGAGUACCACCACACACACAGACACGACCUCACACAAAUCAACGUCGUCCUCUUUACCUAGUUCUGGCAACUCGCUCGUUACGACGACACCCUCUCUGUCAAAGAACGGACACAACCACUCGACGGACUCCACGCGAGGCGAGCAUCAUCAUUCUCCCGCUCACGAUUUAUUGAUGAAAGAGUCUGCUGCUCACGAACAGAACAACAGAGACAUGUUGGUGAAUGAUCUGACUCACAUGAAUCGUCAGCCGUCUGUGUGCAUGGAGGGAAUUCCUCUGUCGGGAUCGCCUCACGAGGAUAAAGAGAACAAGCCGACCACACGGACGUAACACCCAUGUCGGACUCAGUGAUGUGCGGUGAGGUUCACAAUUUUUUAAAGCCAGGAUUCGUAGGAAUCGACUCCGAACCCAAUUACUUACUUUCUA